AUGCCGUUUGUUUUGGUUUGUGGAUUUCCAUCUAGUGGAAAAAGUAAACAAACAGAAGACUUGAGACAUUUCUUAAGUAAAAAUACAGAGAGAACUGUACAUAUCGUAAGCGAUCAUACACUGGGAUUUGACAAGAAUAAAGUAUAUGCAGAUUCAAUUGAAGAGAAAGAAAUUAGGGGAAAAUUAAAGUCUGAGGUACAGAGGCUACUGAACAAAGAUGAUGUGGUCAUUUUAGACUCCCUUAAUUAUAUCAAAGGCUUUCGAUAUGAAUUAUACUGCAUUACAAAAUCUUGUAAAACCCCCCAAUGUGUGAUAUUCUGUGAUAUCAGUAAAGAGAAAGCUACAGAAUGGAACAGUCGAAGAGAACCAGAGACAGACAGAUACACAGACAAAAUUCUGGAGGAGCUGAUGAUGCGGUUUGAGGAACCUAACCCUAACCAGCGCUGGGACAGCCCCCUGUUUGUCGUCCACCCCGAGGACAAACUUCCUUAUGAUCAGAUUACUGACGCUCUCUUUAACAGGAAACCACCGCCACCUAACAUGGCCACACAAAACCAACCUCUCUCCUCCACUAACUUCCUGUAUGAGCUGGACAGAGUAACACAGGACACAGUCUCAACUAUUAUGGAAUCCCAGAAACUGUGUGUGGCAGGAGAUGAUAUUUCUAUACCCGGGGCCACUGAAAAAAUUCACCUUCUUAUUCCAGUCACUCUAGCGGAACUCCAGCGACACAGGCGUCAGUUUAUAACCUACACAAAGAUGCACCCCGUGGAGGACCUCUCUAAAAUCCCCAACAUGUUUGUGCAAUAUAUUAACAACUCAUUGACUUGACAAAGGAAAGCUUCUGAGAUAUAACAAGAAAAACUUGAAAUAAAGAAGGAAUGUUUUCAUGGAGUUACUGCCCCUGAAAUGUAUUUAGAACAUGUAUUUGAUUUUAAUGCAUGAAGCUAAAAUAAAAAAAAACUUUAUGAUAUGAUACUUGUAAUUAUAAAGUAAGAAUUGCCAUUAAUUAUUUUAAUGGAAUUUUGCUGUAAUGGUUGGGUC